ACACACUACAGCGCUUACAGCUGUCUGCAGCCAAGAGGAUCUUGGUCCAAAUCUCUCAAGCUUUGAAUUUGCGUGGGCUUUUUAUGUUUGCAAACUUCAGUCAGAAUAACUCAUUUUCAAUACUCUUAAUUUGAAGGCAUGUAGGCGGAAGACAUUUUUCCAAGUUUGGCCGAUUUUGGAUUUUUAAUCAAAAGCAGGCAAACUGCAACCACUUAUAAUUAUUUAUUUAUAUUUUUCAGUAUGAGGUUUUAAUUUCAUCCAGUGUUCCGCAGCAAACUCUUUCACUAUAAACGCGACAAUGACAAAGGAGUAUUGGACCAGCGUCAGACCUGAUAGGACAAAAGCGCCACGCAAUCGUUUUAUUUUGAAACGUUUGCCCGGACAUACAUUUCUUGUUCUUUAUUUUUGGAUGAAACCAACAUUUUUUUGUACACUCGAGCCGUGGUCACGCGCUAUUUCCGACAGAGGUUCACUCCACGUUGUCACACAUCGCGAGGUUUGUGAUGUUAACAGGGACAUGUCAACAAACCACGCCAAGCCCAACUUCAGCCAAUCUCAGGCAGCAGAAAUUGUGAAGAAACACUACAACCUGACUCCCUCUCAACUCCAUCGUCUGCCCAGCUAUGACGACCAGAACUUUUGUAUUGCGACUGUUGAAGGUGGCAAGUAUUUGCUGAAGAUUAUGAACUCAGUAAACACUAAGGACCCCACCCUGAUAGAACUGCAGACUUAUGCAAUGAACUUUCUGCAUGAAAAUGGACUUCCAACCCAAAUGACCAUAAAAACAACUAUGGGACAGGACAUGAUCCUGGAAGACAUCGAUUGUGGCUCCGGUUUACAGAAGCACCUGGUGCGCCUGUUGACCUAUUUGCCAGGAGUCCCCAUUCAUGAGGUGCCUUCCUCAUCACAGCUACUUUAUGAAGUUGGCCAGACAGCAGCCAGAAUGGACAACACCCUCAAAGAGAUGAAACAUCCUCAACUGUGUGUGCUGCAGAGGGACGGCUUCAUAUGGAGUUUGUCAAAUAUUCCCAUUCUGGAGAAAUAUAUAAAAGUACUCGAUGGAGAUCCUCUCUUGGAGGUGGUGAGGUCUGUGCUCCAGCAGUACAAGACAGCUGUGGCCCCCAAAUACUCUAGUUUCCGCACGUGUGUCAUUCAUGGGGACUUCAAUGAUCUCAAUGUGCUGGUGCAAGCUAAUGAAACUAACGGCUACAAGAUUUCUGGUAUAAUUGAUUUUGGUGAUAUGAACUUCGGUUACUACAUUUAUGAGCUCGCCAUCACCAUCACGUACAUGAUGCUGGAGCAUCCCAACCCCAUUGAUGUGGCCGGACCCAUCUUAGCAGGCUGGGAAAGUGUCUUUCCUCUCAAUGCGGCAGAGAGAGAGUGCCUCUUUUGGUUGGUCCUGUCACGCCUCUGCCAGUCAUUAGUCAUGGCUCGUUUUUCAGUGACUUUUCAACCCGAAAAUGAAGAAUAUCUAAUGCUUUCAUCUAAGAAAGGCAUUACAGUUUUACGCAAGCUCUUUGAGAUAGGAAAGGAACAAGUGGAGAAAGUGUGGUUCCAAAGUGCUGCUCAGUUCAGUGACAAAAAGUAAGUCAAUCUAGUUUUCGAUGCAAUACAUUGAUGAAAUAGAUUUUUAAUCAUUUGUUAGGCUAUCAGAUGACCUUUGAUUGACCUGACAUGUAAUGUUUAGGUGCAUAGCGUUCCUCGACUUUCAUUCCCAACAUACAAAACCUAAAAUAAGUCCAAUGCAAUAGUUUUUCCUCUGGGUGAAAAAUCAAAACAAAACAGUAUUGUCAUGCAUGUUUGGAAGAACACGCAAUUGGUUGAAGUCAGGUUACUAUAAAGUACUGUAUAUGGGGGAUUCUACCAAUUUUGUGCAAAGUACAGACUUGGAAACAUAUUUUCAAAAGUUACUUUUUUUCCCCAAAAACCUUGUCCAUACAUUUACAGCAUUUCUAUGGUAUAUAUUGAGUAAAGGUGCAAUCAAAUUUUAUUUUUUAAUGUCUCCCUGUUCUUAAAAUGUUUUUCCACUUCUAUAAUGUGUCACUACCAUAACACACUGCAAUAAAAACCAUUAACCUUUUAA